UCUGAUUUCAAUUUGUGUUUUUAUUAUUUUUGUUUUGUUUCAAGUCGUCAUAUAAGUGUUGUGGUAGUUCUGUGUGUUGAAAGUACUGUCUGUUGAAAGAAAUGUGCAUAGUUUGAUGCAUCGAAGAGUGCAAUAUUUUAAUGUGUUUCUGUUCUUGUUAUGCUCUAGACAAAGUAAACGGGCCGAAUUGUUCCAACAAAGCACGGCUGAAUAUACCACAGAGAAACGGACCCAUCUGAUCAUGGCCUUUUCUUUGUAUCGUUUAAUGAUUAUCCAAGACUGCAGAGAAUUAUUUACCGAGCAUCUACCGUCGUUGUUGUCGCUAGAAAGCGCGUGAUCUGUGUGUUGGCUGCAUGUAAGCUGUUACAUAAGCGCAUUACGCAGAU